UCAACUUCAUCGUCGUCGUCGUCGUGUUUUACCGUCGUAUCGAAGCCGAAUAACGGACAAUCUGUAACAAAUUAGCAAUAACUGAGAGACGUGUGUGAUCGAUCCGUGUUAUUGGUAUCGCUAUUUAAAGGGGGCGGCUCCGAGGCGCCGCGUCCUCCUCCCCCCUCCUCCUCCUCCCCAAGAUGGCGGUGUAACGCGGCCAUGUUCCACGGCGGGGAGACUGAGACAAGGGGGAAUAAUGAAAAUUUCCCGCGUUUCUCUUCCGACCGUUCCAAACAGCAAUGAAUCUUGACUCGCUCUCAUUGGCCCUAUCGCAGAUCGGCUACCUGGUGGACAAUUUGACCAAGAAGAAUUACAAGACGAGCCAACAGGAGAUCUCUCACCUUGUGAGCAACCACGGCCCCGAGGCAGACAGACAUCUGCUUCGUUGCCUCUUCUCUCAUGUGGAUUUCAGCGGCGAUGGUAAAAGUAGCGGCAAAGAUUUCCAUCAGACCCAGUUUCUGAUCCAAGAGUGCAUUGCGUUGAUAACCAAGCCAAACUUUGUAUCAACGCUUUGCUACGCCAUCGACAAUCCCUUGCACUAUCAGAAGAGCCUCCGACCAUCCCCUCAUUUGCUUACUCAGCUCAGCAAAGUGUUGAAGUUGAGCAAAGUUCAAGAGGUGGUGGUUGGUCUUGCACUGUUAAACUCUUCGAAUCAAGACCUCCAGGGAUUUGCGGGGCAGUUUGUGAAACAGAAGCUGCCGGAUUUGCUGCGAUCGUACGUUGAUAGCGAGGUUGGUGGGCAGCAGGAGGGUGGAUUCCAGGACAUUGCCAUCGAGUUGCUGCAUCUGCUACUUUCUCUGCUGCUCUACGGGCCGCGGGGAACUUUUUGCGUUGCUCAAGAGCAGCUGCAGGCUUUCCUGCAGACAUUACGCAAAGAUUUCCCGAGGGAACGUUGCCCGGUGGUGCUAUCACCGCUGCUAUAUCUUGACAAGGCAGACCUGCUGAUGGACCGCCUCCUGCCUGAUACAUCCGGCAUGGCCAAAACCUCAAUGGAAGGCUCCUUGGCAGACCUCAUGCAGGAGGUUGGAUACAGCUGCUGUUCCAGCAUUGAUGAAUGCCGUACCCUCAUCGUGCAGUUUGGCGUGAGGGAUGUACAGGCAUUGCAGGUGGCUCGGGUGUUGGGGAUGAUGGCAAGAUCUCACUCCAGCUUGACAGAUGGGAUGCCAUUGCAGUCUAUAUGUGGUCCUGGAGGAAGCAUCUGGAGUGAUGGGAAGGAUAAGAGUGAAUCGACUCAGACUCAUACUUGGAAUGUGGAAAUUUUCAUUGAUGUUGUCAAAGACCCUAACCUGCACAUUAAUUUCAAGGAAGUGGCUUAUGAGUUGGAUCACCCUGGCUUUCAAAUCAAGGAUGGAAAGGGACUACAGAUCGUUGUGUAUGGCAUACAAAAGGGAUUGGGCAUGGAUGUCUUUCCGGUGGAACUUGUUUAUCGUCCCUGGAAAAACACCGACGGGCAGAUGUCUUUCAUUCAGCACUCGUUGCUCAACCCAGAUGUGUUUUGCUUUGCCGAUUAUGUCUGUCAUACUGUGGUCACUGACAUCCUCAAAGCCCCUCCAGAGGAUGACAACAGAGAGAUUGCUACCUGGAAAUCACUGGAUCUAAUGGAAACAUUGCUGAGACUGGCAGAAUCUGGGCACUAUGAGCAGGUGAAGCAGCUGUUCAGCUUCCCACUCAAGCACUGCCCAGACCUGCUGGUGUUGGCACUGCUACAGAUCAACUGCACCUGGAACACACUGCGCCAUGAUCUCAUCUCCUUGCUGAUGCCCAUCUUCUUGGGGAACCACCCCAACUCUGCCAUCAUCCUACACUACGCCUGGCACGGGCAGGGGCAGUCUCCUACCAUCCGACAGCUCAUCAUGCACGCCAUGGCCGAGUGGUACAUGAGAGGAGAGCAGUACGAUCAGACGCGCCUCUCCCGCAUACUCGAUGUGGCCCAAGACCUAAAAGCCCUCUCGAUGCUGCUAAAUGCCACGCCAUUUGCCUUCGUCAUUGAUUUGGCUGUGCUGGCAUCUCGUCGUGAAUACCUAAAGCUUGACAAAUGGCUCACAGACAAGAUCCGUGAGCAUGGGGAGCCAUUCAUACAAGCUUGUGUAAGCUUCCUGAAGCGUCGCUGCCCUUCAAUCAUGGGUGGUCUGCCCCCUGAAAAAGACCAACCGAAGAGUGCCCAACUUCCACCUGAAACCUUGGCUGCUAUGUUGGCCUGCUUGCAGGCCUGUGCAGGCAAUGUAUCGCAAGAGCUUUCGGAGACUAUAUUGACCAUGGUAGCAAACUGCAGUAAUGUGAUGAAUAAGGCUCGGCAGCCUCCACCUGGCGUAAUGCCCAAAGGCCGUGUUUCGAGCACGAGCACACUGGACUCCAUCUCGCCUGUGCAGGUCAGGACACCUGAGAGGCUGGAUGCACUAUCCAGUAUUGCCUCUCUCAACAUCAGUGGAGCAGCACCUGCCCACGCCGGUGGUAUGCAGGCCUUUCCACCCAACCUUGGACAAACCUUCAACGCACCUCCGUCACCAGCCAAGGCCUUUCCUCCGCUCUCAGCACCUAGCCAAUCUCCAUUCUCCAGCCUGGGGCUUACCUCCCAGCUGCCCGUGCCAGGUCUUGGAAGUGGAGGCCUGAGUGGGAUGAGCAGCUCGAACCUGGGACUGCAAGGCGUUGGCACAAGCGAUCCAUUCAGCCAGCGCAAGCUCAACCUCCCGGGGAUAAACCCCCCAGCCUUCCAGCAGAGUAAGCUGAAGCCGUCUGACCUAUCACAGGUUUCUCCAGAGAUGAGUCAGCAGUUCAGUAAGGAGAUUGAUGACGAGGCAAACAGCUACUUCCAACGCAUCUACAACCAACCCCCCCACCCCACCAUGUCUGUGGAUGAGGUGCUGGAAAUGUUGCAGAGUUUCAAGGACUCGAACAACAAACGAGAGCGAGAAGUGUUCAACUGCAUGCUGCGCAAUCUGUUUGAAGAGUACCGCUUCUUCCCACAAUACCCGGACAAAGAGCUGCACAUCACAGCCUGCCUGUUUGGGGGCAUUAUUGAGAAGGGGCUCGUGACAUACAUGGCCCUAGGCCUUGCCCUACGCUAUGUGCUGGAGGCCCUGCGCAAGGCCUUUGGCUCCAAGAUGUACUAUUUUGGCAUUGCCGCUCUGGACCGUUUCAAAAACAGAUUGAAAGAUUAUCCCCAAUACUGUCAGCACCUUGCAUCGAUUGCACACUUCAGCCAGUUCCCACAUCACUUGAUAGAGGUGACUGGAGCCGCCAUCGAUUCUGCUUCCCCCACACAGUACAUCGAGUACGGACAACAGUCUCGAGACCCUCCUGUGAAGAUGCAGGGCUCCAUCACCACACCCGGCAGCAUCGCACUGGCCAGUAGUCUGAGCCACACCAAGCCCAGCUUGCCCAGCCCUGCCAUCACCACUAUGGCGCCACCCUCUGCCCUCGCCAACACACUCGUCCCCAAGGCAACAACUGGAACCAAAACGACACCCACCAACUUUAAGAAAGAUGCCCCGCCUUCCAUUAACACGACAAACAUUGACACUUUGCUGGUGGCAACAGACAUCUCGGAUCGCAUCAUUGAACCCCAAGAGAGCGUUCAAGACAAAAUAUUUUUCAUUUUCAACAACCUCUCGCAGUCCAACAUGGCACAGAAGACUGAGGAACUAAAGGACAGUGUAAAAGACGAGUCCAUGCCUUGGAUAGCGCAAUACCUGGUGAUGAAGAGAGUGAGCAUUGAGCCAAAUUUUCAUGGGCUCUACUCAAACUUCCUCGACACCCUGAAAAAUCCGGACUUCACUAAAAUAGUGCUCAAUGAAACGUACAGGAACAUAAAGGUGCUGCUAACAUCUGACAAGCAGGCUGCAAAUUUUUCAGACCGUUCCCUUCUAAAGAAUCUGGGUCACUGGUUGGGAAUGGUGACCCUGGCUAAGAAUAGGCCUAUUCUACAGAUAGACAUAGAUGUCAAGUCUCUGCUCCUUGAGGCAUACAUGAAAGGACAGCAAGAGCUACUCUAUGUUGUUCCAUUUGUAGCCAAAGUUCUGGAGUCCUGCUCUAAGAGUCUGGUGUUUCGUCCUCCAAACCCCUGGACCAUGGCAAUCAUGAACGUGCUUGCCGAGUUGCAUCAGGAACCAGACCUAAAGCUGAACUUGAAAUUUGAGAUAGAAGUUCUCUGCAAGACUCUGGCGCUUGACAUCAAUGAGCUGAAGCCUGGCAACUACCUCAAGGACAAAGAUCGCAUGAAGAGUGUGGAGGAACAGCUUUCUGCACCCAAAAAGGAGGUGAAGCCAGUUGAUGAAGUAUUGGUUCAACCACCUCCUGUCACCACUGUGAUAACAAGUGGAACGACCACAACUACCACAGCAGCUGGACCUCCGCAACCCCAGUUCAAUUUCUAUGAUAUCAACGUGUACUCGCUCACCGGUCUGGCUCCGCAUGUCAGCAUUGCUCCCAGCAUCGGGCUGUUUCAGACACACCCACAUCUGAAACAGUGCGUGCGGCCGUCGCUGGAGCGCGCCGUGCAGGAGCUGGUACACCCAGUCGUCGAGCGAUCCAUCAAGAUCGCCAUGACCACGUGCGAGCAGAUUGUUCGUAAGGAUUUUGCGCUGGACCCAGAGGAAAGCCGUAUGCGCGCAGCGGCGCAGCACAUGAUGCGCAACCUGACAGCCGGCAUGGCAAUGAUCACAUGCCGAGAGCCCCUGAUGGUCAGCAUUGCUAAUAACCUGAAGAACAACUUCCUGGCGACCCUACGGGUGAGCCUUGACGAGCACAUCAUCGGACCAGCUACAUUCCCACAGAAGGAUAUUAUUGACCAGGCAGCGAACCAGCUUGCUCAGGACAACUGUGAGCUGGCAUGCUGCUUCAUCCAGAAGAUGGCUGUUGAGAAAGCUGGCCCUGAAAUGGACAAAAGACUUGCUACCGAAUUUGAAUUGCGAAAGCAUGCACGUCAGGAGGGACGGAGAUAUUGUGACCCUGUGGUGCUCACUUACCAGGCCGAACGCAUGCCCGAGCAGAUCCGACUGAGAGUGGGUGGUGUAGACCCCAAACAGCUGGCUGUAUAUGAAGAGUUUGCUCGCUGCAUCCCAGGAUUUCUGCCCAACAAUGACAUCACACAGCCUACUGGAUUCCUCACGAAGCCCAUGCAGCAGCAAUGGGGGACAGACGACAUCACGGCUGUGUACGACAAGUGCAUUGCGGAGCUGGAGCACUGCCUGCACACGCUCCCUGGCACUGUCGCCAUGAACCCGCAUGUUGCUGCCAUGCAAUCCCUGCUCGAGGCCGUCCUGCUGGCCAGGAACUCUCGCGAAAUCGUGACAGCCGUCGCCCUGCUGCAGAAGGCGGUGGAAGGACUUCUGGAUGCCACGGUGGGUGGUGAUCAUGAGAUCAUCGUGCGUUACAGGGAUUGCCACCUGCUGGUGCUGAAAGCUGUUCAAGAUCCCCGAGCCUAUGGCCCUAUGUGGACCAGCAAGCAGGUCACAAGGUGCUUGAUGGAGUGUCGCGAUGAAUACCGCUACAAUGUAGAGGCUGUGGAACUGCUCAUUUGCCACCACCUGGUCAACAUGCAGCAGUACGACAUCCACCUUGCGCAGUCGAUGGAGAAUGGGCUGAACUACAUGGCGGUGGCGUUCGCUAUGCAGCUGGUGCGUAUCCACCUUGUGGAGGAACGGGGCACCCCGCAGAUUACAGAGGCUGACCUCUUCAACACCAUUGAGACACUGAUGAGAAUCAACGCCCACUCUCGCGUCAACGCUCCUGAAGGGCUGCCGCAGUUGAUGGAGGUGAUUCGAACCAACCAUGAGCCAAUGAUGGACCGCACACACGCUGGCCCCACGUCCAUGAUGCACUCUGGCAUCUCUCAGGCGCGCGAGUACGACGACCCGCCUGGCCUGCACGAGAAGGCCGAGUAUCUGCUGCGCGAGUGGGUCAACAUGUACCACUCGCCCGCCGCCGGCCGCGACAGCACAAAGGCUUUCUCUGCCUUUGUCGGACAGAUGCACCAGCACGGCAUCCUGAAGACUGAUGAUUUGAUAACACGCUUCUUCCGACUGUGCACGGAGAUGUGCGUGGACCUGUGCUACCGUGCACUGAACGAGCAGCACCUUAACCCAGCCGCAAACCCCACCCUGACACGCGCCAAAUGUUUCCACACGCUGGAUGCCUUUGUGAGACUCAUCGCCCUACUUGUGAAGCACUCUGGCGAUGCAUCCAACACCGUCACGAAGAUCAACCUCCUGAAUAAGGUGCUGGGAAUCGUGGUUGGCGUUCUCCUACAAGACCAUGAGAUACGUCGGACAGAUUUUCAGCAGCUGCCAUACCACCGAAUAUUCAUCAUGCUGCUGCUGGAGCUGAACGCACCUGAACAUGUGCUCGAGUCCAUCAAUUUCCAAACCCUGACUGCCUUCUGCAAUACGUUCCACAUCCUGCGUCCAUCCAAGGCUCCAGGUUUCACGUUUGCGUGGCUGGAGUUGAUCUCUCACCGCAUCUUUAUUGCUCGAAUGCUGGCCCAUACUCCACAACAGAAGCAGGGCUGGCCGAUGUACGCACAACUGCUCAUCGACCUGUUCAAGUACCUAAGUCCUUUUCUGCGCAAUGUGGAGCUGACAAAACCCAUGCAGGUGCUUUACAAGGGAACAUUGCGAGUGCUGCUUGUACUCCUGCACGACUUCCCCGAGUUCCUCUGUGACUACCACUAUGGGUUCUGCGAUGUCAUUCCACCAAACUGCAUCCAGCUGAGGAACUUGAUCCUCAGUGCCUUCCCACGCAACAUGCGUCUCCCUGACCCCUUCACUCCCAAUCUGAAGGUGGAUAUGCUGAGCGAGAUCAAUAUACCGCCACGCAUCCUUACAAAUUUCACGGCUGUGAUGCCGUCACAAUUCAAGAAAGAUCUUGACCCUUAUUUGAAAACUCGCUCACCGGUCACGUUCCUCUCAGAGCUACGGGGCAACUUGCAGGUUUCUAAUGAGCCAGGCAUGCGGUACAACAUACCGCUCAUCAACGCAUUGGUGCUCUACGUUGGCACUCAGGCCAUUGCGCACAUCAACAGCAAAGGCAGCUCGCCGUCCAUGGGCACGAUCACCCACUCUGCCCACAUGGACAUCUUCCAGAACUUGGCUGUGGACCUUGACACCGAAGGUCGGUACCUGUUCCUGAAUGCCAUAGCCAACCAGCUACGCUAUCCCAACAGCCAUACGCACUAUUUCAGCUGCACCAUGCUCUACUUGUUUGCCGAAGCCAACACUGAAGCAAUUCAGGAGCAAAUUACUCGGGUACUGCUGGAGCGACUGAUUGUGAAUCGUCCGCAUCCAUGGGGCCUGCUCAUCACCUUCAUCGAGCUCAUCAAGAAUCCCUCCUUCAAAUUUUGGGACCACGAGUUUGUGCACUGUGCCCCAGAAAUUCAAAAGCUUUUUCAAUCAGUGGCGCAGUGCUGCAUGGGCCAGAAGCAGACUCAGCAGGUGAUGGAGGGGACAGCGACAAGCUAACCAUCCUUGCUGCAGAUUGUCACGCCCAAGGGGAUAACAGGCCGGCCUUGUGUUUAGCCCCUAGCCUUUCAGACUGGUUUGUACUACUCUAUAACAAGCUUGCACAUCACUUGCAUAGUAAUAUGUGAACCGUUGUGGUUAUGACAGAUAAAACAGUAGUGCCAUUUUAUAUUUUUCUUCAAAGUCCCAUUUUGUGUAUUGCCUCUAGACAUCAUUGGGGGGUGGGUAAGGCCAAACUUUGUAGCCUGUUGUAUAAAAUGUUUUUUCGUUUUAAACCACAGCUGUUAAUGUUGUUGCUGUGUGAUGGAGAUGGUGGCAUAAUUAUGAGAUGGUGGUUAAGAUUUCAAGUCCGGUGUGAUGGACACCUGCAGCUCAGUCUUGAAAGUAUUAAGGUCACAGCCUUGCCCACAUCAGUCGUGUCGCUGGUGGUGUGCUGAUGUAAAAGUAAACUUCUAAAGGUUGGAACUCACCAGCACCAUGUACAAAAAAUACUAAAUUCAAACCCAUCCAUAAGCAACAGAUUACUAUGCGUUGAUUUUGUAUUUUGUUUCUUUAAUGCUUAAAAGCAAUGCACAUGGCAAUAUGGCGAAAUGCCCAUAUCUGCCAAUUUGUGUAAAUAUGCCAUUCUUUCCCUUUGAAAUUUCCCUCUAACAUUGACAAGUUGGUUAAGGGCUGAUAGAAACGCAAGGUUUGUAUGAAUUACGAAUGUAAAUGGCCACAAGUGGACAUGUGAAGCGUUGAGAUAUAGUGUAUAGUUAAUGCAUGCUUUGGUUGAAAAGUGCUUGUUUGGUACAUGUGCUGUAAAGAAAAAAAAAGCUCUAAGAGUGACUCUCGAAGAUGUCUUCACAAGAUUGGCCUGUACAUUAAACGAUCCUGUGGUCUAACAAAGGAUUGUGGCAACAGAAAUUGCCUUUAGUGUUUGUAAAAAAAAUAAAGUUUCCGGACCAAUGCAGUUUGUAAUUUUUGAAAGGGCCGUUUUGUAAAUGUAUUGGUCCGCAUCUAAAAAUAUUUUGUAGUCUUUGUAGUUUUGCCUUACAGAUUUCUGCUUCACUUGUAAGUAUUUGCUUCCUUGUAGUUGUGCAUUAAACCACUCAUUGCAUCAA